CUGUCGUCCGUCCUAGCCUGCUCCACGCUACCAAGCCCCGAUCAGCUCUAUCGAGAGCUUGGAAGAGCACAAGCAAUUCCUCCCUGAUCCAACGCCGCGGCAUUGCGAGUUCAGCAGUCCGGUCCCUGAGUGCAGUCACGCCACCACCGCCAUCACAGCGCGCAGACAUGGCACCCUACGAGGAGGUCCUGAGGGGGAAAUACCCUGGUAAACAGCAUGCCAGGAAAGUGGUCGAGUAUCUUCGGUCCAAGAUCCCCGAUGCCACGGGCGUCAUCUAUGUCGAGAGCAAGAAGGCGAAGCUCCACGAGGACUGUGACCAGGAGGAGCACUUCCGUCAGCGCCGUUCGUUCUACUACCUUACAGGUUGUAACCUCCCCGACUGCCACUACACCUACGACAUUAGCACCGACAAGGCGACUCUGUACAUUCCUCCCAUCGACCCUGAGUCCGUCAUCUGGUCCGGGCUCCCUCUCUCCCAGCAAGAGGCUCUAGAUCAGUACGACGUCGACGGUGUUAGCUAUACGACCGACGUCAAUGGGUCCCUCGCCCACCUGGCCGCGUCGUCCAAGACCGUCUUCGCUGUCUCUGGCCAGGUCUCAGACAACAUUACCUUCCUCGAGUUUGACGACAAGAACAUGACCAUCCUGAAGGAGGCGAUCCAGUACAGCCGCGCAAUUAAGACACCCUAUGAGGUUGCCCUCAUCCAGAAGGCGAACGACAUUUCCUCGGUGGGCCACAAGGCUGUUAUGCAGGGGGUGAAGCACGCCGCCAACGAGUCGGAGCUGCACUCUAUCUUCCUGUCCAACUGCACAUCCAAGAAUGCCAAGAACAUGGCCUACGAUGUGAUAGCCGCCAGCGGCCGCGCUGCUGCUACCCUCCACUAUGUCAGGAACGACCAACCCCUUGCGGGCAAGCAGAAUGUGUUGCUUGACGCCGGCUGCGAGCUGAAUUGCUACGCGAGCGACAUCACGAGGACCUUCCCUAUCAGCGGCAAGUUCACUCCUGAGAGCCGCGCGAUAUACGACAUCGUGCUGAGGAUGCAGAACGAGAGCAUCAACAUGCUCAAGGAGGGCGUGCGGUGGGACGACGUACACGAGACCGCGCACCGUAUCGCCAUCGAUGGCCUGCUGGAGCUGGGAGUGCUCAAGGGAGACAAGGAUGAGAUCUUCAAGAGCCGGACCAGCGUGGCCUUCUUCCCUCACGGGCUAGGCCACUAUCUAGGCAUGGACACGCAUGAUACCGGUGGCGACCCUAACUAUGCGGAUAAGGAUGCUAUGUUUAGGUAUUUAAGGAAGAGAGGUACAUUGCCUGCGGGUGCAGUGAUCACGGUGGAGCCAGGCAUUUACUUCUGCAAAUUCAUCAUCGAGCCCGCGCUGCAAGACCCUAUAGCUUCGAGAUACAUCGAUGUGGAUGUUCUGGAGAAAUACUGGGAUGUGGGUGGCGUGAGGAUCGAGGACAACGUCUUGAUUACAUCGAGUGGCUGCGAGAACCUGACAUCCGUCCUCAAGGAUGCGGAUGAGAUUGAGAAACUUAUCUCAUCUAGCUGA